AUGCUGCCACCUCGGAUUUCUGCUGGUCGAAUACCGGCAGUUGGCCGGCCAUUUCUGCCUCCCAGCAGCCAUGGCCUGCGCCACCAAUUCCGUCCCUUCACCCAGCGCUCCCGACUUCUGCUUCUCUCCCCGCCCUUGGGCCGGCCCCAGCUGCCCUUCCUCUCGCCUCUUUCCAGCAGCCGUGCACUCCCACCCCUAUCAAUCCAUCUCCGGCAGCAUUUUGCCCGCUUGAUCUCGACUGAGCGCCGAGAUUACUACAAGCGCCGUCUGUCACGGGGCCUGCGCAUCGGCCUGACCUUCUACGCCAUGCUCGUGCUGUUCCAGGUGAUCCGACUCGGCGUCUAUCAGGAGGAGAUCGAGCACCAGUGGCCGACGCCGUCGGAGUGGACGUGGAAGAGCCGCUGGUGUUUGCGGUCGGCGCAGGCGCUGCAGAACCCCGAGCAGAUCGGCAAGCUCAUGACCAACUGGCCCAUGGUCGCUGGGUAUCUGCGGGAACUACUGGAGCGGCUGGAGAACCCCGAGGGCGAGGGACGGGGGAUCCAGGAACAAGGGGAUGGCGGGUUCUUGGUGGAAGGCGUAGGCAAGACCGGGUUCGACAUCGAGGCGAAGAGUGAGCCGUGGCGGAGGGGGUACCACCGGGCGCUUAUGGGCGCGGCCAAGGCGGCGGAGAACCUCGAAGGGUGGUUGACGGAUCGGAAGCAGCGCAUUUCUGCGCCUGCGGAGUAUGUGGCUGGUCCGUCGAACCCGCGGCCGAAGCCGAUGCCUGCGGGUCAGAAGCAGGUGCCGCAUGAGGAGGACUGCGAGCCGGCGUCGCCGAGUCCCGAGGUGUUUUAUAUGAAGAUCCUGACGACAAAGGGGUUUGAUACGAGGCAGAAGCUGGAUGCGGCGCUUGCGUAUGCGGACUGGCUGGAUUACAAGGGUCUGCAGGCCACCGCUCGGGAUAUGUAUGCGUGGGCCAUGGAUAUCGCCGCCGCAGGAUCCCCUCUGGAUGCGAGCCAGGUGGUCGACGUGAAGACGGGCGUCCUGAAGAAUGACGGACGGACCCUGCCGUCUGAGAACAUCCUUCGUGUGUCUACUGCGUUGGCGGUCCACCACGCCCGGCAGGGCAACCUCCCCUCCGCCCUGUCCAUCUUCACCUCCGUCCUCAAGGCUCGCCGCUCCCUUCCCCCUCCUUCACCCGACGAUACACCAUUCGUGCUCCCAUCACCCCCGAAAUCAACCAGAGACCCCUUCGUCGCGUUCUUCAACGCCAUCAAAACCAUGCUCGUCCCUGCCGAGUACCCCCCACCCCCGCCAUCCGGCGACGCGCCUCCCCUCCGCACCCCGACCUCCGCCUGCGAAGAAGCCGGCCUCAUGACCUACAUCGGCGAGAUCAUCUACGCCUCCUCCUCCAAGGAAACAGGCCUGGCCUGGACCCGCGACGCCGUCGACACAGCCGAAGCCACCAUCCUCGAGCUCGGCACCUCGGAGGACCGCAACCCGCACCACCGCUGCGCCGAGUGUCUCCGCGUCGGCCUCGAGAACUGGAAGACCAUGGUCUCGAAGCUGAUCGCGCAGUCCGAGCGCGCCGAGCGCGAGAGCAUCGAGAGCGCCAAACAUGCCUGGUUCGGCGGCCAGAAGCGCGUGGAGGCGUCGGCGCUUGAGAAGAGGCGGUGGGAGGCGGAGCAGAUCCUCCUCGACGACCGGAUCAAGAGGCUUUGGCCCAUUAUCGAUGGCGAGUCGGCUUUUGAGGGCAUUGCGCCGAACAGUUCGCUGUUUGUGUAG